AUGGUCGGUCGCGUAGGGACCGGGCUCCUCUUCUUGGCCAUGGUCGCCUCGGCCCUCCUGGCCGGCCCGGCAGUGGUGAAGGUGCUGGGCUCGAAGCCCGGGCUGGUGGUCGGGCUCAGCCUGCAGGCGGCCUUCGCGGUUCUUUUCGCCUUUGCAUCGCAGCAGCCCUCGGGCAGUGCGCUGCAGUGGUCCAGCUACCUCCUGGGGGCCGUGAUCAGUGGUGGCGGGAGUGGGAUCGCUUGGACAGCGCAGGGCACCUUCUUUGCCCGGACGGUCACCCUCCUUGCCUCGGUUCCACCAGAGGCGUCGGCAGCGAGCCGUCCCUUUGAUGGCACGGAGGUGUUUACCCGGACCAUGUCCAAUCCCGCGGAGAACUCCUUCCGGCGGAGUCCCAGCCCUUUCAUGCCGGGAAGGUUUCGCCGCGCGGUCACCAUUGGCACGCCGUGGGGCCGACUGGGGGCCGAGAGCGGAGACCGGUCUCGAGACCGAGCCCUGUCGCUGGUCACCCUGAGGCAAGACAUCUUUACCUCGGCAGUCUCCGUCGGGAGCGAGCCGGGAGUCGAGGAGGAGCUCCAGGAGGAUCCCUCGGCAAUCACCGCAACCUUGGCGGGGAGGUUUGCGGCGGUUCUUCUGAUUGUCGAUGUGCUGGUUAAGGUCCUCUCUGGUCUUUUGCAGGGCAGCUUCUUCCAGUGGCACUUUCUGUCGUCACCUCUGAAUCUGGUCACGGUCCUCUACGCCCUCGCGGCCUUGUCCGCCACCUCGGCAGCCCUCAGUUCUGCGCUCGCGGAGCCCAAGCGGCAGGUGUCUCAGGCCCUGCUGCGAAGGGCCAGCGCGACGCCCUGCCAGGCUGUCUUCGCGGCUGUAGCCCUGUGGCCUUCGUGGAAGGUCUGGCUGCUCAGCUUCACCAACUUGGCUUUCGGCCUCAGUGCAGGUUACAUGAAUGGCGUCGUCAAUACCAACCUUGCUGCUGCGAGCCCCCUCUUCGGGGAGGCGUCCAUCGGUACUUUGAUGGCGCUGACGUCGCUCCUGGCCUCACUAUUGGCUUGGCCGUUGAGCAAGGUGUCCAUGUACACAGGCAAGGGCUUUGUACUGGGCCUGGGCAGCCUCGCGCUGGCUGCUAUACCACUGGCCGUCGUCUGGGGACAGCCGAAUGAAUCGAAUCGCUACUGGGGCUCCUGGCUCCUGGUCCUGUAUGCGCUGCAGGGCCUCGGUCGAAGCGUCUACGAGGGUGCGAACCGGGCCGUCUUUGCAGACAUGUUUUCUGAAGCUGAGAGCUCGGGAGCCUUCGCCAACUGCAUGAUGCAGAGCGGCCUUGCGUUCUUUACUUCUUUCCUUCUGCAGGUUUUUCUGCCCGGGGCGACCUGCGACGUGACGGUGGCUGCCAUGGUCGUGGGGAGCUCCUCCAUGGCGCUGCCGGGCUACUUUGUGGCCCGGAGGUUGUGA